AUGUGCGAAGGAAGCCAUUAUCUCGGUGGCAUUUACAUACUUCACCGUCUUCCCUGUGUUCAGCCUGAGGGUGCCGACGAUGUUAAAAAGCGUCAGCUCAUGGAAUUGGCCAUCAUGAAUGGCACGUAUCGCGAGCCCCAGUCGCGACAUCAUGUUGCGCUGUCGUCCCAACAGAGCUCACCCUCCCCACUCUCACCUUCGGCUUCUUUCGAAGACCUCGACCACAAGGAACGACAGCAGGCGCAAGUGCAGCAGAUGACACAGCAACAGCAGCAGUUCCUCCUUCAGCAGCAGUACAUGACAAUGCUUAAUAAUCAGUCGGCGAUGGCGGCGGCCGCGGCACUGGCACAGAGCCCCGCCGCGCACCUCCUGAACCCUGCGGGUCUGCGCUUCCCCCCACACCCUAACUCCGCGUCUCUCCUACUCGCCUCGACGCCCGCCGCCUCCAACGCCACGUCGUCGGCGAUGGGUCUUGCGGCGGCGGUGAUGGGCGGAGUCCCGUCCGCCGUCUCCCCCGUCACCUCAACCCACGCCGUCUUUCCCACCUCCGCCGGCAGCCUCUCCUCCGAUCAGUUUGCCGCACUGCUGAGCGCCGCCAGCGGUGGCCUGACUGCAAAUAACGCGGCCGCAGCAGCGGCUGCAGCGGCAGCCGCCGCGGCGGCCACAAACGUGGACGGCAGCCAGUCGAUGGCGGCGGUGACAGCGGGAUUCCCCAGCCCCUUCCCAUCCCUCCUUCCCGGCGCCUCCGCCCAACAGCCCACCGCGGCUAAUCAGCAGGUCCCUCUUCGAGAUCCGGCCACGGGUGCGAUCAUUGGUGACUACUCUGCCGGAAACGACCUUGACAACAGCUCAGGUAGGGACUCCUUUGUUCACCAGAGUAAAUUAGCCAUCACGCUGCAGUCGGAGAAUUCGGAGGACAUUGUACCGAAUCAGGAGACAGUUCGUCUGAUUUCAAAACUCAGACGUCGGAUUGUUGCUCUAGAACGGUGUGUAGACGAAAAGGAUGCUCAACUUAGGGCUUUUCAAGGUGACGCCAAACGAUGCAAAUUGAAGGAACUUCAGACGCAACUCCAAACUGCGAUGUGUGAUGUCGAACGUCUCCAGAAUACUGUUGAUAGCCAACAGAAGAAGCUACAUGCGCGUCAUUCCAAUAAACAGGAACGCCAAGUUCGGAUGGACAGUGAACGUGCAGUUGAGCGGAUUGCUUUUCAAAAAGCCCUUGCUAUUGUAAACGCCAAGUGUGAAAGUUUGGCGAAGCAGAAUGAGGAGCUCAGUGACAAACUCAAACGCUGUCGAACGCGCACCCUCUACUUCGAGUCGUCAUCGUGGCACUUCAUACAAAUCCGACCGACUAAGCGCUACGACUACGCCACCAGUCUCCUUGGUCUCCCAGUAUACGGAGCAUCAGUCGAGGGACCCCUCCUCCUCCAGGUGCGGAAUUUUGAAGCCUGUAUCGGACGAUGA